CCUUUCACAGUGUUCGAUCAGAGUUCAAGUCGACCCCAGCCGGAGCAUCCGGAGAGCACCCGCAGUCAGCAGCAAAGGUCACCAAUCGAACCGGUGUCCAUUCCCGUGCUAUCCGUAUUCGGAAAAUUUCAAUUCCAAGCUCACCAGCGCCAAACGGCAGGAUCAUAGGCGGUCCAGAAACCGGUGGUCCAUCAGUCGAGCCGGAACAGUCACUUGGUGUGGUGCCUCAGUGCUCGUGUACUUGUGCUCUAGUUGCAAGUUGUAAAGCUUCGAUUCGAGCUUUCGCUCUAAGUUUGUUAUUAUCUUUCGUGCUCUCUCUUUGGAAUCACGAUGGGAGGAGAAGAGUGUUGCUGCGAUGAUUAUUACGCAGGCGGACAGUUAGUGCAGGCGCCCUCAAGCCUACGCUGGCUUCAGCUGCUAGCUUCGAACGCGACGAAUGGAUUUUUGGAGCAAUCACUUCGGGAUUUCCUCCCUGACGGCGUGGGAGGCCGCGUUGGGAGUUUCUUGGCUCGGUUUCCGCUGUAUCUGCUGGCGCUGGCCGUUUUCAGUUGGUUGUGCUGGAAGUUCUACUACGGUCGUGUAAUCUGGAAAAGGGACCUCACCGACAUUGGCUUCAACCACAUGCUGGACAACGAGCAGAUUGGCAAGAAUGACCGGAGGCGUGCGCACACCGUCAACCGGUUGCGCCGCCUGCGGCGUGUAGGCCAACGUAUUCCACCACCCUUCCCGAACGGGUGGUUCGGCAUACUGGAAUCGGAAGUACUGGCCGUAGGCCAGGCUCGUAGUGUCGAUUGUUUGGGUCAAAACUUUGUCGUUUUCCGUUCGGCCUCCGGGGAGGCCUGCGUGCUGGAUGCCUACUGUCCCCAUUUGGGUGCUAAUCUCGGCGUGGGUGGAACGGUACGUGGCGAUUGUAUCGAGUGUCCCUUCCAUCACUGGACGUUCAGCGGAAAGGAUGGACAGUGUACGAAUAUACCGUACAGCAAGUCGGGUGCGGUACCGAAGGUUGCGAAAGUCAAAAAGUGGCGUUCGCUAGAAGCGAACGGUUUUAUCUUUGUCUGGCAUCACGUCGAUGAAGAGGUGGAACCGUGGCAGUUGCCGAUUGUACCGGAAAUCGAGGAUGGUCGAUGGGUUUACUAUGGGAAGAAUGAGUUUUUGGUGAAUGCACACAUUCAGGAUAUACCGGAGAAUGGGGCGGACGUGGCGCAUCUGUCCGCGGUUCAUGGUCCGAAUAUGCUUUCUGGUAGUGAUAUCCGGUAUUACCGGCCAGCUUGGGCGGAAUUCGGUAUGCACGCAUGGCAGGCGAGUUGGAACGCACCGGAGGAAAGCGAACCGUCGCACAUCGCUCGCAUGGAUUUGAAACACACCUUCCGGUUCUUCAACAAGAUGGAAGUUUGCACCGUGAAUGUUAAGGCGUUCCAGGUUGGGCCAGGCUAUGUACAGCUGAUGAUGCAGACCAGCAUCGGACCGAUGGUGGCACUGCAAACGGUCACCCCGGUCGAGCCACUGGUGCAGAAGGUUAUCCAUCGGUUUUACGCUCCGCGUAAUUUAGGGAACGCAUUCUUUCAGAAGUUUGCCAUCUGGGCGGAGAGUGUUAUGUUUGAGCGAGACAUGAUGAUCUGGAAUCACAAACAAUUCAUCGAGAGUCCUUUGCUGAUUAAGGAGGAUCGAUUGAUCCGGGCGUACCGAAAGUGGUACGGUCAGUUCUACUCGGAGAACAGCACCAGCUACACGAUGGCAAAGGAGAACCUGGAUUGGUGAUUGAAAAUUUUUUGCUUUUCUUCGACUAGGGUAGGAAUCUAGUUGUCUGUGAUUAUCGAAUAAGAACAAAUAUUUUAUUGAAAUA